GAAAGGGAGAGAUGGAGAGUGGGAGAUUGAGAGAGAGAAAAAGGACUGCAUCUUAGAAAUUGCCACCUAAGUAUCUAGUUUAUUUUGCAUCCCAUAUCCAUCCUGUGGAGGGUACCACAAGAGCAUAUGUAUACUCAAAAGGGAACAAGAGCAUAUCUGGAUUUAUUUCAACAAUUCACUUUUCUGCUACCAGCAAAUUCAUGAAUAUUUUUUAAUGUAUUUGGUAUCCUAUUUUUAUUUAUAAAAUAAAAUGACAUGUCACAUAGGUUAUUAUACUGUCUAUCUCUACAUCGGUGGCCAAGACGCAAAGUGGAAAUCUGUUAAAAGAAAAGUCACCAACUCUUCGUAUUCUUUUACAAGAAUGCCAAGUCACUAUCUCUUCUGGAGCUGUGAAUGGAUCCUGUCUCUACUACUUCACUAUCUAGACAGUUCCACUUCCUGACAAACCUAAGGAGAUACUCCAUAGCUCUGGGACUAAAAAUGUUGCAAACUAUUACACUUUCUCCAAUUCCUUGAGGUGUUUCAUGAGGUGUGGGUCAGAUGGGCCUGAAUUACAUGGUCUACAAUGUCGUAAAUGACACCAUGGAUGUUGCAACACUAUUUAUAGGUUUCCCAGAAGCCUGUAUGCUGCAGUAGCUAUUUGGUUUACUGUGUAUAUCAGGAGAUGUGCUCUGUAUAAUGCUAACCUCAAGAACCUUUUCCUUGAGAGAGUUUUACCUCCUUUGACCCCCCUAAGCUGUAUUCCAUCAGCGGUCUUUGUUCUUCCCUAAGCUACAUGAUUUUUGCAUUUUGUGAGAAUAUACUCGAGAAGCCGUUUGUCAAACCAGGCUUUCAUCGUGUCCAAAUCAUCCUGGAGAUUCACUUCAUUCUUAUCCGCCUGUAUUCACUAGGUUCACAUCAUUAUGAGCAGGGGCACGUCUGAAUAUAUCUCUUCAGUCAUGUCAUUUACAUGUGCAAGAAAUAGUACCUGACCUAGGACUGAUUCAUAUGAAAGCCUACUCUACAUAUGUGCUCACUUUGACACCUCGUCACGUCCCAACACACGUUCUUUCAAGGUCUUUCUCCUUGAGUGAAGUUCGCAGUCUUUGUCCACCUAGCCUAUACUCUGUCUACAGUCUUCUUUGCCCUUCCCCAAUUUUCACGACUUUGCAUGUCGCAGGGUUGAAUUCAAGAAGCCAGUUGCUGGACCAUUUGUCCAGCGUGUCUAGGUCUCUUUGUAGUCCUGCCUGAUCCUCAUCUGAUCUAAUUCUUCUCAUUAACUUCACAUCAUCUACGAACAGGGACACUUCAAAAUCUAUCCCUUCCAUCAUGUCAUUCAUAUAUAUCAAAAACAGGACUCAUCCUAGGACUGACCCUGUGGGACCCCGAACUUUACCGGUCCCCACUGUGAUACUUCUUCACAUAACAUGACUUGUUGUUGCCUCCCUAUCAAGUAAUCUCUAAUCCAUUGCAGUGCCCUUCCUGUUAUAUGCACCUGAACCUCCAGCUUCAGCACUAAUCUCUUGUGAGCAACUGUGUCGAAGGCCUUACUGCAGUCCAGCUUGAGAGUGAGACUGGUAGUGCAUCCAGAGCUUCAUGGCUGAACAAGGUCUUCACUAGAGUGACCAACAAGGAGCAGCUUUUGGCCCUCGCUAAUGUCCUCGCAGGGGAUUUUCCUCACUCUGUCACUCUUGGAUGACAGAGAGGGUCACCUGUCAAUCAAGGAGAAGAACGAAUGGACAAGAACUAACGUCCUGAGACGUCCCCAUUUUGGAUUUAAUUACCUGUGCACCUGUAUGAAAUUGCAGGACGUAACCCCACAUCAUUGCAGCGGUAAAGAACCUGCUUUCCUGUCAUCAAGAUAUAAUACUCACGGCUAUACUGUGAAGAACUAGCCAGUGGGUCGUAACCAACACCUGCGACCCACCCCCCAUCAUAAGCAACGGCUACGAUUUCAACAACACAGUGUCACCAACACCAGACACCCCUAUAUAUAUUAGCGUUGAAUUCAGUUAUUUAUAUUUUUCAUUUUUCAUUUUCUUUAAUGCAGGAUUAAUAUUUCAUAUUUAAGUGUUUUAAAUUUUAUAUUUUCUAUAUAAUAAAGUGUUUAUGUUUGUUAUUAUUUCUUUUUCUAUUCUUUAAUUUUCUUGAGGAGCCAGCCUGAGUAAUACUGACUGAAGUUGUUACAGGGCAGAGUAAGCCUUCACAAGUGGCGACCUUGCCAAGAUACAACUCGACAGAAUCAAGAUUCAAUUCCAUCUCGAAUCUACCAUUCAAUGCUGCAUACCACAGACGGUUACCACCAGCCAUGAGUAAUCAUUCUCUAUGGUAGGACUACGGUACAGGUAUUUAAAAGAUUUGGUGAUUGUUAUAGUCUCAAUUUAUAGUAAGUCAAGUCAGGCAGGAUAAUAUUUAAUUCUGCCACCUUUCUUGUGAGCUUGAAACACUUUGGAGGAUUAGACUCUAGGGACCCGAGAUUUUCCAGUGACAAUUUGUUUCAUUGAGCUCUUUAUUGUAUCAAGGGAACUGUCGUAGGACACUCUUGAUUUAUUGGUUAGAAAAUUGGAUGGUCAAGUAACCCCGUUCUACUUACUGUUUGCUCGAAGCCGGCAUAGAACCCUUCGUUUUCAUUAAUACGUAUUGUUUAAUUGAAGUAGGGAUCGAGCCCUCUGAUAUAUUUACAGUUUAAGCGGAGCAGGAAUUGAACCCUCCGUUUUCUUUAAUACCCAUUUCAUUUCCCCUGAUAGUUUAAGUUAUUCUUGCAAGCAUGGAGGAAUACCAGUUUUGGAUGAACGCUGGAAGCAAGUUAGGAAUAACAGGGAAAAAUUUAGAAUCUUUCAUUAGUGCUAAGAUCCAGGAAAGACUUGAAGGAGAGAGUAUUGAGAGAGAAGAAAGACAGCUAGAAAGGGAUAGAGAAGAGAAUAAGGAGAGAGUGAGAAUCGAAAGAGAAGAGAAAAAGGAAAGAGAGAGAAUUGAGAGAGAAAUCCGAGAAAGACAGUUAGAAAGAGAGCGAGAAGACCAAAAAGAGCGUGAUAGACUUGAUCGUGAGGAAAGAGCUAGGGAACGUGAGGAACAAGCUAAGAUACAUGAGGAACAAGUUAAAUUAAGAGAACUUGAGGAAAGAGCAAAGGAUAGAGAACACGAGUUAAUAGAGAGAGAAAAGGAUCGCGAGCUCGAAAAAUCUCGCCUUGAAUUACAGAAUGAAAAGUUAAUUUUUACACAACAACAAUUAGAGGAAGGAGUAAUUGAACAUCAUGCAGCUAGUACACAUAGUGCAACACCUAAUUUACCUCUCUUCACAGAGGGUGAAGACAUUACUUCAUAUAUUAUCAGGUUUGAAAAUACCGCUACCCUCUGUGAAUGGCCAGCUGACACCUGGGCUACUAGGUUAGGAAUGUUAUUUUCUGGUACUGCUUUGAAUAUUUAUGCAACUUUGUCACAGGAUAUCAUAUGUAAUUAUAACCUACUGAAGAAGGCGAUCCUUAACGCAUAUCAAAAAACCACAAAUUAUUACAGGAAAGAUUUCAGGUAUGCCACCUUACAGCCUGGCCAGAACUUUCAGCAGUUACAGGCAACACUCUUUCGUUUGUUCGACUUUUGGAUAGAGAGUUCAGGAAUUGAUCACAGUUAUGAAUCUCUUAGAGACUUCAUGGUUGCUGACUAGUUCCUGACAGCUCUUCCCCAUCAGAUACGAACAUUCAUCAGAG